AUGGUGAUGCCAAACGUGCUCAAACACAACUCGGCCUACGAGUACUCGCUGGUGACGACGGCCAACCCGUUGAUGACGUUCGUGUCGGAUGACACGUGUUCCGUCGUGUUCAACGCCGUUUAUUUGAGGCAGACGCAGGCAAAUUUGUUGUCGAUUUGCAUCGUGCCGCUCAAUCGAUUCGUGCACGUCGUCUGGAAGCAGAAACGAUUUUCAGGAAAGGCAUGGGUGUUGAUAGUGGUGGGCAUUCUUUUAAGAGUGGCGCUGGUGAUCACUGAACUCCUCGAGCUCGUCGUUCACGUCUUCAGGCUCGACUACGCCAACUCGAACUCCCUAUGCUCGUUGAGCGCGAAUUUUGUGCAAAUUGGCGAUUGGAUCUCGACAUUAAGCCUGCUGAGCUAUCCGGUGUUUUGCGUGAUCAAGCUGCUGCUCUUCGUCCGCUCGAGUCAGAGCUCCAUCCGAGGCUCCGUCUCUCAGCAAGUCAUCCAGAGGCAAAGAAGCAUCCUCCUUGCCAUCAUCAUUCAAUCACUAGCCCCGCUGCUCACCUACCUGCCGCUCUUCUCGCUGACGUUGAUCGUCGACAGCCCGAGUAUGGAGAAACCGGGCCGCGGCUGGGCGACGAUGAACAUCGUCCACUACGCCAUGUCAUGGAGCCCAACCAUUGACGCCGUGGCCACAAUAUGCUGCCUCAAAUCCUAUCGGUUAGCCCAGUCGGACGAACACCAAAAAUUUGUGUCAGCCGCGCCUUCC